AUGUCUAAUCAAGACUUUCAUCCAAACAAAUACAGUGAAUUGAGAAGUAUCUAUAAAUACUACAUCGAUUCAUACAAUUCACUGUAUCAGUUAAAAACUGACAAAGAAGAAGAAUUAAACUCGAUUUACAAAAUCAUCAAAACAGAAUUGAUUGAUUCAAAGAAAUGCAUUCCUCAAAAUAUAAUCAGAGCUAUUUUAUAUAUCAUCCCGUAUAAUAAUCGUUAUACAAAGUCAUAUUUAUCUCUUGCCAAACUCAUAUCGGAUGAUUAUCAUAUCAAAGAGGUCAACAAUGUUAGACUUAUUUCAAACUUUCUGUUUUAUAAAGAAUAUGGAAAUAAAUUAGACACAUCUGCUGAUUUCGAAAAAUUAAUAACAAAAAAUCUAGAUAUUCAUACAAAAGAUACAAUUUACAGAGCAAUUAUGUAUAAUAACAAAGAUAAAUUCAUCAUAUAUACUGAAUCAGAUGAAUUUGUUGAAGAUCAAAAAUUUGUAAGCUAUUUAUAUCCAGUUGAUGGAAUCUAUUCAUUCCUUGAAUUAUGUUGUUACCACGGAGCAGUUGAUUGCUUCAAAUUGUUAAGAACGAAGUUUAACUCACAAAUAACUAAAAAAUGUCUCGAAUUUUCAUUUUUAGGUGGAAAUCAAGAGAUAAUUAGUGAAUGUUUAAAAUUUCAAACACCAGAUAAAGAGUGCAUGAAAUAUGCAAUUAUUUCACACAACAUUGACUUUGUCACAUUCUUGAUGAACGAAUACAAUAUAAUGAUCGAUUUAGAUUAUUGCGGAAAAUUUAAAAAUCUUGAAUCAUUUUUAGUUUAUUUCGAUCAAACUAAUGAUAUUAACAACUGUUUUGUUUAUUCAGCGAUGUUUGACAUUCCGUCACUUUCGGAAUAUUUCUUAUCGCAUGGUGCAAAUAUCAAUACAAAAAAUAAAAAUAUAAAAACUGCUCUUUACAUUGCAGCAGAAAUUAAUGGCAAAAAAAAUGCCGAACUUCUAAUUUCACAUGGUGCAAAUAUUAACGAAACUAAUGUAUUAAGACAAACCGCUCUUCAUAGAACUGCACCUUAUAACAGUAAAGAAACAGCCGAACUUCUUAUUUCAUAUGGUGCAAGCAUCAAUGAAAAAGAUUAUGAUGGAGCAACCGCUCUUCAUCAUGCAGCAUUUCAUAAUAGUAAAGAAACAGCCGAACUUCUUAUUUCACAUGGAGCAAAUAUCAGUGAAAAAGAUAAUGAUGGAAAAACUGCUCUUCAUCAUGCAGCAUCUCAUAAUAGUAAAGAAAUAGCCGAACUUCUUAUUUCACAUGGAGCAAAUAUCAAUAAAAAAGAUAAUGAUGGAAAAACCUCUCUUCAUUAUGCAGCAUCUCAUAAUAGUAAAGAAACAGCCGAACUUCUUAUUUCACAUGGAGCAAAUAUCAGUGAAAAAGAUAAUGAUGGAAAAACUGCUCUUCAUUAUGCAGCAUCUCAUAAUAGUAAAGAAACAGCCGAACUUCUUAUUUCACAUGGAGCAAAUAUCAAUAAAAAAGAUGGAGAUGGAAAAACCUCUCUUCAUUAUGCAGCAUCUCAUAAUAGUAAAGAAACAGCCGAACUUCUUAUUUCACAUGGAGCAAAUAUCAAUAAAAAAGAUGGAGAUGGACAAAGUCAUCUUUAG